AUGGUGCGGGAGCUCCGCGCCGACUCCUUCUACGCCCGCCUCCGCGCCGCCGCCGCCGCGGCCGCGGCGGCCGCCUCCUCCCCGCUCCUGAUCCUCCCUUCCGCCGCCGACGCCGACUCCCUCUGCGCGCUCAAGGCGCUCGCGCACGUCCUCUCCGCCGACUCCAUCCGCUUCUCCAUCUACCCCGUCGCCUCCUCCGCCGCCGCCGCCACCCUCCUCGCCUCCUUCUCCGCGUCACAGCCGCUCUGCCUGCUACUCAUCAACUGGGGCGCGCACCGCGACCUCCGCGGCAUCCUGCCCCCCGCCUCCACCGCGUUCGUCGUCGACUCCCACCGCCCCGUCCACCUCCACAACCUCGCCGCGGCCAACGACCGCGUCGUCGUGCUCUUCACCACCGACGACGAGCACACCGCCGAUCUCUCCUAUGAUUUCGACGUUUCCUCCCUCGCCAACGCCUCCGACCUCACCGCCGACGGGGACGCCGACGAGCACCUCCGUGUUUCGGAGGAGGACGAGGACUCUGACGCCUCCGACUCCGAUUCCGAUGCCGAGGGAGGGAGGAGGAAGAGGCGGCGGCUCUCGGACGACGGGGAGGCGGACGGCGACCCAGUGAGGCUGUUCGGCAAGCUGCGGAGGGAGUACUACCGCCUCGGCACCUUCCACGGGAAGCCGUCGGGGUGCCUCAUGUACGAGCUCGCCCACACGCUCCGCAGGAACACCAACGAGCUCCUCUGGCUCGCCUGCGUCUCCCUCACCGACCAGUUCGUCCACGAGCGCAUCACCAACGAGCGCUACCAGGCCGCCGUCAUGGAGCUCGAGCAGCACAUCAACGGAUCCGGCAACCUCGACCCGUCCGGCCUCGGGUCGGUGGUCACGCUGAAGGAUGGAACCAAGAUCCGGGCGCCGGAGGCCUCCCGCAUCGCCUAUGAGGACGAGCCAAGGCUGAUGCUGCUGCGGGAGUGGAGUUUGUUCGACUCCAUGCUCUGCUCCUCAUAUGUCGCCACCAAGCUCAAGACCUGGAGUGACAACGGGCUGAAGAAGCUGAAGCUGCUCCUGGCGAGGAUGGGGUUCCCGCUCGCCGACUGCCAGAAGAGGUUCCAGUACAUGAGCAUGGAGGUCAAGCGCAAGAUGCGUGAUGAAUUUGAUCGGUUCCUGCCUGAGUAUGGGCUCACUGAGUUCUACUACCGGAGCUUCCUGAGGGUUCACGGUUACAGAUCCAAGGUAUCUGCUGCGGAUGUUGUGUAUGGCGUCACAGCUUUGCUUGAAUCCCUGAAUGCUGAGUCCAAGGACUCAAAGGAGUGUUGUGCUGCUGAGCAAUUUUGGGUUGCAUACUCUGCGUUGUCGUUGAGCAAUGUGGAUCAGCUGCGAAAAGGAAUGCAAUCUGCAAUUGAGAUACAGAUGGCGAUACUGAGGCAGGGAAGCUCAGCCAUCACCAAGAGUGGAUUCAUACGGAGUGCAAAGAAGUUCCGGUGGGUGAAGCUUGAUGAUCCAGUGGACACUGCUAAGCUGUGCCACCCGCAGGCACUUACCAAGUUCUGUUUCUUUCUGAUGGAUGCACUGAAGGAGAGGGGUGCAAGGAUGAAGCCGCUAAUCUGUGCCUGCCUAGCAAGGGAGCCUGAGAAGGUGUUGGUCAUUGGUGUAUGUGGGAAGCCAAGGCUCGGGGCAGUUCAGGGGAACGCGUUCGGUAACGCAUUUAGGUCAGCGGCAGAGGAGAUUGGUGCUGAUUAUUUCCAUGACAUGUUUGAGUCAUCAUGGAUUGUUCUUGAUGUUGUUGCUGUCAGUUCUUUCAUGAUUCGGUUAACAGAGAAGCUUUGA